GAAAAAAGUUCUGAGAGAUGGUUGAGGGUGAGAGAGGGGCUUUGUGAAGAAGCAAAGAAAGAAAGAAAAACCGGAGUGACGCGCUGGAAUGUUCUAUGUUUUGGUUAUAUGAAGAAAAAAAGCCCAGGCUCAGAGUGACUUUCGGAGCUGUGCGUGUUUAGCGGUGGUUCGGGCGCGACAUGGCCGCGCAACGCGUCCCCCUGAGCGGCUGCUCUCAGCACUCGGACCCGGGCUCGAACAGCGAGCGGAGCGCUGAUUCCCCUCUGCCCGCCUCGGAGAGCGACUCAAGCGGACACGUAUCGCCGCCCAACCCGGACUGGACCGAGGAGAGGUUCCGUGUGGACCGAAAGAGAUUAGAAACCCUGUUAUUAGCAGCCAGUGAGGGCCGAGUCAUCGGAGGAGAAGAUUUUUUCCAAAAGAUCAUGGACGAAACGAGCACACAGAUCGCCUGGCCUUCCAAACUAAAGAUCGGAGCCAAAUCCAAAAAAGACCCUCACAUUAAGGUCAGUGGAAGGAGAGAUGAUGUGAGAGAAGCAAAAGAAAGGAUUCUGGCCGUUCUAGACACAAAGAGUAAACGUGUGACUCUGAAGAUGGACGUCUCUCACACGGAGCACUCACACGUGAUCGGGAAGGGAGGCAACAACAUCAAACGUGUGAUGGAGGAGACGGGCUGCCACAUCCACUUCCCUGACUCUAACAGGAACAGCCAGGGGGAGAAGAGCAACCAGGUGUCUAUAGCAGGGCAGCCAGCAGGAGUGGAAACAGCCAGGGCUAAAAUCCGGGAGUUGAUGUCGUUGAUGUUGAUGUUUGAGUGUGGGGGAUUUGUCGAGUCUCUCGAUCUCGCCUCAUCUGUGAUCCAGCACAUCGCACAGUCUUGCGGCGUCACCAUUACGUGCAAGCCGCCCUCCCAUAUCUACGGCAACACCGUCGUCGUCCGUGGCAACCAGAGCAACACCACAGCAGUAAAGCGUGCUGCGGCUCUGCUGUUGGAUCACCUGGCUGGCUCCAUGUCCGGCUCAGUAACGGUCAGCACUCAGCUGGACAUCGCUCCUCAGCACCACCUGAGUCUGCUGGGCCGUAACGCCGCCAACCUCAAACACAUCAGCCAGCGCACUGGGGCACAUAUCCACUUCCCCGACCCUGGCACGGCCUCACACACUCACGCUCACACACGCCGCUCCAGCGUCUACAUUCAGGGCAGCAUUGACACCGUGUGUGACGCCAGGCAACAGCUCAUGGGCUGCUUGCCACUGGUUUUAAUGUUUGACAUUAAGGAGGAAGCUGAGAUCGAGCCCCAGUGCAUCGCAACUCUUAUGGAGCAGUUAGACGUCUUCAUCAGCAUUAAACCCAAACCCAAACAACCCAGCAAGUCUGUGAUUGUAAAGAGCGUGGAGAGGAAUGCGAUGAACAUGUACGAGGCACGCAGGCUGCUCCUGGCUCUGGAGAGUGCGUGUGGAUCUUCUUCCUGUCCCCCUGUUUCUUCUCCUUUUCCUCUCAGUACCUCCAGCAUCCCUGUUAAUGACCACGGCUCCUCCUCGUCACUGCUCAGCCCUGUUGGACUGGACGUCUUAGCCUCAGCUGGACUGGGACUAAGCACUCUGGGCCUCUUAGGUUCUCCAGACCUCCCUGCUCAUAACGGCUCAUCUGAUUCUAACCCGGCUCUGAACGGGCAUGGCUCCGUCCCAAAUGGACCUAAUGAUGUAGUCGGGACACUACAGAGCAGCACCCAUACGCACACCCUCGCUCCGUUACAGGGGCCUUCCCUCUGGACCAACACUCACACUACAUCAGCCCACACUGCAGGGUUUUCCUCUGUCCUGAUGUUGCAGUCUGUCUCUCAGGGUUCUCUCAGCGGUCUGCUGCUGUCCGGAGUUGACGGUUACAGCCAGAAUUACACACACAGUCCAUCUCUCACACACUCUCACACUCACACACACACUCCUUCACCCCCACCAGGACUGGCACCAAUACACAAACCAGUGAGCGCAGAGCAACUCAAAACACACAUGCCUUCUAUGUACAGAGGAAUUUCUUCUGUGUCAUUAACUGAAUCCAUGCUUGGCCCCGCCCAUUGUGACCCGGCGCAGGAAGUUAACGGACAUGGCCAAUCAGAAGCUCUUUCAAACAAAUCCAGCUCAGAUGAAGGCUCAGACACGUUUGUGGAAGUGGGCAUGCCCAGAAGCCCGUCCCACUCAGCCAAUGGGAGCGAGCUGAAGCAGAUGCUGGCUUCCUGUACGGUGUCGUCAGGGAAACGGCAGACUGUAGAACUGCUCCAUGGCACCAAGAAUUCACAUCUCCGAUCAGAGUGUCUGUUGUCAGAUGCUGAGCCUGACACUGUAGCUGAUAAGAGAGCACCGGGCAGCGAGAGAGCAGCAGAGAGGAACAGACUGGUCCCUCAUAUACAAGCCUAUGACUAUGAACAGAAGAAGCUACUCGCCACUAAAGCCAUGCUGAAGAAGCCGGUUGUGACCGAGGUUCGGACUCCGACCAACACAUGGAGCGGACUCGGCUUCUCCAAGUCCAUGCCUGCAGAGAGCAUCAAGCAGCUCCGCAGAGCCAGCCAUACAGCCUACAAACCCUCAGUUAAUACUACGUGUCAGGGCAAUCCUCUCUCAGCAAACAGGGAGUCUCGGAGUAACGAUGGCGAUGGUGAAGGCUGGUGCACGAGAAACGGUAGCUGUGUGAUUAACGGUAGUGCAGCAGCGCAACACACAUUCCCCUCCACCAUCAGCGCUCCUGAGAGGAGCAAGAGCAGAACCGCUAUGGACCAGUACCUGAGCAGCAGUAAUUAUAUGGAGUGUAUCUCGUUCAUGGGUAGCAGUAAGACGUCGUCUCUGAGCUCCUCUCUUAAAGGUACUGACCUGCCUGAGCUCUUCAGCACUCUGGGACUGGGCAAAUACACUGACGUCUUCCAGCAGCAAGAGAUUGAUCUGCAGACGUUUGUCACACUGACUGAUCCGGACCUGAAGGAGCUGGGAAUCACGACGUUUGGAGCACGUAGGAAAAUGCUGCUGGCGAUCUCAGAGCUGAAUAAGAGCCGGCGGGAGCUUUUCGAUCCUUCGACCAUCCGCACGGCGUUCCUGGAGGGAGGAGUGAACAGCCGUCUGGCGCGACACUUCCAUGCAGACGUGGCCAGCGUGAGCGGGCGCUGGUGACAAAAAACAAACACCCACAUGAAAACAAACCCGAAGCAAUAAAAUCGUCUAAUACCUCUGCGGUACUAGUUAACGGUACCUCUACAUGGACGACACACCUCCCUCUCACUAAUGGUGGAGAUUCUGAUCAUGUAGAGCAAAUCAUUUAUUUCAUUCUGUUCAAUCAGGCUGGACAUUGUGGAAAGCCGUAAGGGUCAGUACGGUUAUGGAAAGCCAUAAGGUUUAUCGGUUAGACAAAAGAAGUGCCAAAAAAUUAAAGACGUGACUAUCCUCAGAGGCAGGUUGGGGAUGAGUGGAGAAGUGGAGGAGUGGCUGCUACUUUGUUGUUCAGAGUGUGUAAAAGGUGUAAACUGAUGCAGUGUUAUUAACUGAAACGGUACUAGAUUAUUAUUAUUAUAAAGAUGCCCUGGCACAUUGAAGUAUCAGUAUUAUGCACUUUAAGAUAGCUUUUACCUGUGUGUGUGUGUGUGUGUGUGUGUGUGUGUGUGUGUGCACUUACCAGUCGUCAGUGUUCCAAGAUCAAAAGGUCACAAUUCAUGCUUGAGGCCUUGUUGUUUUGCUCAUAUGGGUGUUAUUCAUUGCUAUAAGGCUGCACUACAAGGCUCCAGUGUGUAUUUAAUUUUUUUGUUUACUGUAAACAUUUUCAUUUUAUAUAUAUAUAUAUAUAUUAUAUUUUCUCUGAGAAGUAUUCAUUUACAUUUUUUGUCUCUUGUUUUAGUCAUGAGUUCAUUUGUGGAUAACUUCUGUUUUUCUUUUUUUUUUUGUCCCCAUACGCCUCCAGAUUUUCCAGGAAAAUAAAAAGCAAUCCACGGAGAGACGUCCAAGAUUAAAUUAAUAAUUGUUUGUUUUUCUCCGUUCCAUGUUAUUCCGCUGAUUUUAAGAAAAGUUUCAGUAUUUGGCUAGCAAAAAUCUUGAAGAAUUCUCUCAGGGCUUUCGUUACAGGAACCGAAAUCCAUUUGAACUCCUGAAUCCGUGUCUUUGAUGGUCGCCUUGUUUUGGUCGCCUUGUUUCUCCGAGAUGGCCGCCUUCCCGUGAUAUAAAUUUAUUUUUGAUUAUUAAAGAUUACCGAGAAGUCCCACAGUGUCCUAAACCCCAUCAUUUUUAUUAUUAUUAUUAUUUAAUUUUCAUAAAUUUGUGUAGUGAGUUGAUCGGGCGAUCGUAAAGAUUUAUAGACCUUAGCCUCAUAGCGCUGGUGUAAACAAAAAUGAAGUGGAUAUAAGAAGCCAAACAUGUCCUGGCUGCUUUAAAUUUUUUAUUCUUAUUUUUAUUUUUUUUUUUAAAUAUAAUUCAUUAUUUCUUUUUCUUAAAAAAAUUCUUCGUAGACCUGGGGCACUUUUUUUUUUCUUUUCUUUUCCAAACCAUGUUUUUUUUUUUUUUUUAAUGAAUUUAGACUUCAGUUCAAACAGACUGCACAUAUAAAAAUAUAUUAGAAUUUCUAAAUGCAGCCGUGAAUAAAGUGGUAUUUAGUAAUGGAGUAUAAAUGCUGGUGAAAUGUAUUUGCAGUAAAUUAAAAGGAGGCUUUUGGUUUUUUUUGCUUCUAUUUUUUUUCCCCUCAUGAUUAUUUUUUUAUGGCUGGUCAUCCAUUGUUUUAUUUAGAUUUUUUUUCUUUUUCCACUUUUAAUGUAUUAUUUUAAUGUGUUAUUAUUAUCUUUUUUUUUUUCUUUUUUUUCUUUUUUAAAAUUUUUUUACUUGGAAUAUUUCACUAUUUUUUAUAAGUUGACCUCUGUGUGUUGUACGUUUCAUUUUUUACAAAAGAUGUUGAAGCCGUAUAGCCUUGGGAUUAUAACCUAUAUGCUCUUUUUUCCCCUCUUCCUCUUCCUCCUCCUCCUCCUCCUCCCUGUGAGAGAUGUUUUGCUUUGACCUCAUCCGUAAAUGCAUCCCGAAGCCACUUCGAAAGCAUAUAUAUGCUAGCUUCUUCUCAUGACACUUCUGAUUGUAUCCACAGGUUUUCUUUUUUCACACAUCUGGUAAAAAAAAACUUUACAGAUGUUGCACAUGAGGUACCCUGAAGUUUUGCUAAGCAGCUCAUUAGCUUGUUGUUCUUUAAGCUCAUGUUGUUAUGGGGGUUGAUAUUAGAUAUUGAGGUGAUGUGACUUUGUCCCAGAGGAAGCACGAAGCACUGAUCACUUACAGCAAGUGCUUUACAAGAACAGCUGUGAUUGGAGGAAUCAUGCUAGCUUGGGUGGAGUUUGGGUUCCAGUGUGUUUAUAUAUAUAUAUAUA